AUGGAUUGGCACAAGAUUGCGGAAAAGGCGCAGCGUCGAGCACUCGACGCCAUUCCCCAGUCAUGGAGAUUACCAGCUGAGGCAUUGCCAACAUCUUUGAAUGCCAGUGUGAUUGAUGUUCCUCAAACAUGUGGCCUUCUGAAUGCCCGUCAGCUAGAGAUUACUGAACUUACAGCAACGGAACUCUUGUCUCGCAUUGCAGAAGGACAAAUGACUAGUGUCGAAGCAACGGAGGCUUUUUGUAUUCGAUCGGCCAUCGCCCACCAACUGACAAACUGCUUGACAUCGUUCUUCCCGAAAGCUGCAUUGCAAGUAGCAAUAGAGCUGGAUGCUCAUUUCUCACGCACGGGCAGGACGAUUGGGCCAUUGCACGGACUACCAAUUGCCAUCAAGGACCAAUACAAUGUCAAAGGUGAAUUAUCUACUUUGGGUUAUAUGGCCAACCACGAAAACUUUGCAACGGAGGAUGCAGCAAUUGUGCGAACCAUUCGAGAAUCCGGUGCAGUCAUCUUCGGGAAGACCACUAUGCCGCAGACUGGUAUGGCCGUUGAAACGACCAGCCCUCUAUGGGGCACAACGAAGAACCCAUACAAUGCCCAACUUGUGUCCGGUGGCUCUUCUGGUGGAGAUGGAGUUCUUGUUGCCAUGAAAGGGUGCCCGGUAUGUCCCUCAUCGGAUAUUGGUGGCUCAAUUCGAGUGCCUGCAGCUUUCAAUGGGCUUUACUCGAUCAGACCAAGCGCGGAUAGGAUCUCGAAAACAGGCGUCAUAGCCACUCUCGGCGGUCAGAUAUCCAUUAAGACUUCUUGUGGUCCAGUUUGCCACAGCUUGGCCGAUGUGAAACUUCUUGCAAAUAUAGUGAAUGCAUGGCCUCAGAUGCAGUUUGAGCCAGGCAUUGUCCCCAUGCCUUGGAGGGUGCUCGAUCCACCGAACAGAAAAUUGAGCUUUGGCCUACUCGAAUACGACGGCGUGUGCAUGCCCCAUCCGCCAAUUUUACGUGGGUUGAGAGAGACAGCAGCUAAGCUGGCAGCUGCUGGCCACGAAGUCGUCCCUAUAAAACUACCAUUCGACUGCUGGAAAGUAGCCCUCACCACAUGGGGGAUAUACUUCCAAACAGGUGCUGUCGAAUUGAAAGCACGACUGGCAGUAGGAGGAGAGCAGAUGAUACCGUCACUGGCCUAUCACCUUCAGGCGUUUGGCAUCAAACCAUUAUCGGCAUGCGAAGCAUUCGCCCUCAAUCGCGAUAUGCUCGAUUACAAAGCUCAAAUGAGCUCCUUCUGGAAUUCGCCGCCUGGAUCCUCGAGGCCAUUUGAUGGGCUCAUCGCCCCAGUUCACCCGUCAGCCAGCUACCCUCAUAACUUCCCGUCCUGGUGGGGCUAUACCUCUCUUUGGAAUAUUCUGGACUAUCCCUCUUUGACUUUACCUAUUAAAAGGUUCAAGGUUUCACCUGAACUGGACGCCAAGAAUCUGGACUAUCUCCCAUUAGAUAACCCUUUCGACAAGCCAACCUACGAGAUGUACGACCCCGAAACCUUUGCUUCCCAACCGUUAUGCAUCCAAUUGGUUGGAAGACCGUUCCAGGACGAAGAAAUUACUGCAGUCGCAGAAGUCGUAGAUGCAAUCAUCAAUAGCUGA